AUCCAAAAUCCAAGCCCGCCCAAUAAUAAAGCGGUCAGCUUUACUUCGUUACACUUAUCUUCUUCUUUAACUAAUAAAGCAGCAGUGAAUUUUGAGCUGUGCACAUUACUUCACCACGAUACCAAAUUCUCCUCCUUCGAUUCUUCACACUUGUUGCUAAAAAAAUGUUGAAUAGUGAACUUGGACAAUAAACUCCAUUAACAGAACCUUUUCGAAUUCCUCCCAAAAAUGGCUUCAAUUUGCUCUUCAAAUUUCCACUUGUUAUGCAAAAACAAUCCUAAUUCUAGCACUAUAUCUCAUCACUUAAUACUAUCUCCUUCUUCAUUCUCCUUCUCCCGUUGUGGCGGUUUGCGGUUGUGCCAUUGCUUGGCGGUGAAGACUGGUUCAGAAGGCGGAGGGAUACACAGCGAUAAAGCGGAGCUGUUGAGGAAGCCGGUGAUUUCUACGGAGUUGGAAACGGCGUCUGGUAAGGAGGAGUUGGUGAAGGAGGAUUCGGACGAUGAAUUGGGGAAAAAGGGAGGAGAUGGUGAGGGUUGGGUGGAUUGGGAGGACCAAAUUUUGGAAGAUACGGUGCCGCUUGUUGGAUUUGUUAGAAUGAUUCUUCAUUCUGGAAAAUAUGCAGUUGGCGAUAGGUUAAGUCCUGAACAUCAGAGAACUAUUCUACAAAGGUUGCUUCCAUAUCAUCCAGAAUACGACAAGAAAAUUGGCCCUGGAGUUGAUCACAUUACUGUAGGUUACCAUCCAGAUUUUGCAAGCUCAAAAUGUUUAUUUAUUGUUCGCAAGGACGGUGAAUCGGUUGACUUUUCGUACUGGAAAUGCAUAAAGGGAUUAAUUAGAAAAAACUAUCCACUCUAUGCUGACAGCUUUAUCCUCAGGCAUUUUCGGAGGCGGAAGCGUAAUGACUGAAUGUAUCAUUUGGAACUCAUAGCUACCCUGAAUUUCAUGCAAAGGAAAUUCAUUUACUAUUGCCGAGCACAUUUUGCUGUAGUGUCGAUCAAAUAUUUUUGAAGGUUGUGAUAUAAGUUCGUUUUUAUUGGGAGCCUACAGCAACUACUCACUGUAGAAUUGCCCUUCCAUUUACUUUUGUCUAAAAAUUACACUGUAGAAUUCAAGUUACUGUACUGAUCAAAAGGAAUUCAAGUUAGUGUAAGUUUUGCUUCUAUAGGCCCAGUCUCAUAUUAUUGCAAAAGAAACAUUUUAGCAUUUCAUAAGUUUUGAAGUGAAAGCUUCCUUUUCCUGCCUUCAA